AUGAAAAAGGCGAGAUUUCCCAGCGGGAUGGAGCGUCGAAAGUCCUCCACUCCUCACUACCAUACCUUCCCCACCCCACCACCCAAGUCUCGCGGCAGACCUCAAGUCGCAUCAACUAUAUCAUCUGGUGGCGAUGGAUCUGCGAAUUCGAAUUCGAAUGAAGGGGAGCCCGAAGAUGAACAACAUCAAUCUCCUCUUCCAAUAAAACAACUCGCUGUAUUGGCAGUCAUCGCGCUCGCCGAACAAACCGCCUUGAAUUCGAUAUCUCCAUACCUACCCCAAAUGACGUCGAAAUUUCCAGAAGUCGAUCCAAGUCAAAUAGGUUUAUACGUCGGAACAAUAGCGUCGAGUUUUGCAUUUGCGCAAUUUACAACCAACUUUUUCUGGGGCUGGUUAUCUGAUAGGAUAGGGAGGAAGCCGGUGGUGAUGCUUGGGACUCUUUUGACAUCAGCAUGUUUUGUUGCUUUUGGGUUCUGCAGGACAUUAUGGCAGGCAGUAUUGGUACAAGCGCUGAUGGGUAUGGUCAACGGAAAUCAGGGUGUAAUAAGUACAUGUUUAGGAGAGAUUACAGAUCGCAGCAAUCAGAGUAAGGCAUUUGUCUAUCUGCCAGUCAUUUAUGGAAUUGGUGGCAUAACAGGACCGGCCUUGGGUGGAUUGUUAAUCUUCGAAGAGAAUCCAUUUAACAAGGGACACCCAAAUCCUUAUCCAUAUUUACUACCGAAUCUAUUUGCGGCAUCAAUAUUAUUACUCGACUUGGUAUUGACGGGAUUUUUUCUGGAAGAAAGUCUAGAAGAGGCAAAGAAUCUCCCUCCUUUGAAGCAUCGAAUGAAGAGCCUCUUCACGUGGAUGUGGCAAUUCACAGGAGGAGCUCGACAUCCAACCUAUACAAGAACCCCCUCUCAGCGUGCCCUGCUUCAUGAUUCUGAUGCAUCGGACGACGACGAUUCUGAAGCUGAAUCACUCCUCUCAAUGGGUGACUUCUUCCAGUCAACGAACGAAGCUCACUUGUCCUACAAGGAAGUCCUAAACCGCGACACUGUAAUACUUCUUGGUACUUAUCUUAUCUUUCAACUCUCGAAUAUUUCCUUCAACUCUCUCUAUCCUAUCUUUGCAUCGGCUCCCGAGCGUGCUGGACGAGCGCUCUCUCCUUCUGAAAUCGGUCUUUCACUCUCUUUUGCAGGAAUAGUUACAAUUGUCUUCCAGAUCGGAAUUUUUGGUAAACUCAAAGAAAAGAUGGGAAAUAAAGCAACUUAUAGAUCAGGAUUGUUCCUCUUCUUUAUUUCCAUGAUGCUCAUGCCAUGGAUUGGAUACAAAGAUUCUCCUCCACCUUUCGGCAUCGGAAAUGGAAAAUUAUGGCUAUGGGUUGAGCUUGGGUUCGUCUUGUUACUAAAAACGGUAGCUGCAGUGGGAGGACUAACAAGUGCUCUGUUACUCAUUACAAAUUCCGCGCCUAAUCAUGGUGUUCUUGGUACAUUGAAUGGCCUUGCACAAACCCUAAGUGCAGCCGGAAGAGCAGCGGGCCCCUUCUUGAGUGGAGGGUUAUUUACUUUAGGAACAAAGAUUAAGAAUGGGGGAUUUCUCACCUGGGGUGUUUUUAGUGGGAUUGCUUUGGUAGGAUUCGUGUUCAGCUGGGGAAUCCGGGGAAAAGAUUUGGAGAGCGAGGACUGGAGUGAUGAGAGUAGUGAUGAUGAGAGCGACAGUGGAAGUGGAGGGGAUAUAGAGGCUGGGCAAUCAUCGUGA